AUGAACAAGAGGAACGCGGCGUCUUCGACUGAUGGUGGGCAGGAAAACGGGGCUUCCGGAUCCUCGGGUGAUCCAAGCGACGUCAACAGAGCCGCAGACGACGACAGUCCAAACCAAGGCCUCCUGCACCAGCCUCUGCACAACAUGUCUCUGGCAGAACGGCUCAAGGACCCGUUCGCCGACGAGGUGGAGGACGACGAGGACGAAGACGACGCCGACGGUGCCUUUGCCAACGCCGGGGACGACAAGGGCUCGACCUCGACCGGUGGCGGGUGGAACCGCGGGAACUGGUGGCGCGGCGUGGUUCGUGGCGGCGGCGGAAGCAGCACCACCGCCAACGCUCAAAAGUCCGAAAAGUUUGGAGAUGGCAGGGACGAUGACGACGACGAGGAGUUUGGCGACUUUGCCAUGCCCGAGGUCAUGGACCCACCGGUGCGGGCCUCGGACGGACCGGCGGGCAAGUUCUUCGACCGCGAGAGAGAAAAGGUCCUCCUCAAGCCGCUGCCGGUUCACCCACCCCACGGCGCCGGUUCUGGAGGUGCGGCGAGUGGCAGCGGCGGCGGCGGCGGGAGCAAGUUUGGCAGCCUCUGGCCAUUUGACGGGCUUGGGUUUGGAGGUAGUGCCGAGGGGUCCAAAGAGGCUACUGGCGAGAAGAAGGAUGCCGGUGCGGGAGUCAAGAGCGCCGACGGAGCGGAGGGCUCGGCAGCCAAGGCGUCCGGGCCGGCUAACGGGAAGGACCAGGAGGAGCCGGUGGUUGUUAAUGAGGACGGGAAGCGGGUGGAGCGCACAGUAGAGGCCAAGAGGAGGACAAGCAUUGAGGAUCCGGACGAUGAUGAUGAUGAGGUUGUGGUUUAG